AUGACCGUUACUUAUACAGCAGAGGUGGCCACGUGCAGGGGUUUCGGAUGUUUUCUCAAAUUACUAUUGAGGUGGCGAGGAAGUAUAUACAAGUUAGUGUGGCCCGAUUUGGCUGCAUUCCUUGUCUGUUAUUACACUCUGAAUUUGACUUAUCGCUUUGUAUUGAAUCAACAGCAAAAACGAAUAUUCGAAAGCAUAUCCGAUUAUUGCGAAACAUACAGCGACUUGAUACCGUUGUCCUUUGUGCUGGGAUUUUAUAUAUCCAUAAUAAUGCAAAGGUGGUGGGACCAAUACUGUUCGAUCCCGUGGCCUGAUCCUAUAGCAGUUUACGUGAGUUCGCAUAUUCACGGACAGGACGAAAGAGGAAGAUUGAUGAGACGAACGAUCAUGCGGUACGUCUGUUUGGGUCUGACCAUGGUGUUCUCUAAUAUCAGCCCUAGAGUAAAAAAGCGCUUUCCUACGCUGGAUCAUUUCGUUGAAGCGGGUUUAUUGUUGGAAAACGAAAAAACGAUCGUAUUGGAUUUAAACGACAAAUUUCCCAGACACUCUAAACACUGGUUGCCAGUCGUGUGGGCGGCGAGCAUAGUGACCCGGGCGAGAAAAGAAGGACGGAUCCGUGACGAUUUCGCGGUAAAAACCAUUAUUGACGAGCUGAACAAAUUUCGCGGUCAGUGCGGUUUGUUACUCAAUUACGAUUCAAUAAGCGUGCCACUCGUUUAUACGCAGGUAGUAACAUUGGCCGUGUAUUCAUUUUUCAUUACAACUGUAAUGGGACGACAAUGGCUGGAUAAACCAGUAAUGCCAUUGGCAAAUCUUAAACACCAAACGGAAACGAACUCGGCAAAUUAUAACUAUAUCGAUCUGUAUUUUCCGGUAUUUACUACUUUACAGUUUUUCUUUUACAUGGGGUGGCUGAAGGUGGCCGAAUCGUUGAUAAAUCCAUUCGGAGAGGACGAUGAUGAUUUUGAAGUCAAUUGGAUCAUUGAUCGUAAUGUCCAAGUUUCGUAUCUAAUAGUUGACGAAAUGCAUCACGAACAUCCAGAGUUGAUCAGAGAUCAGUAUUGGGAUCAAGUGUUUCCAACAGAACUGCCAUAUACUGUAGCUGCCGGAGAACGUGAACGGCACCCCGAGCCAUCGACAGCUAAUAUAGCUGUAUCAGAUGCAGACGCCGAAUACUCACUGCCACCCAAAGGCUGCGACGACGGACAAGCCAUAGACGACGAUGACGCUAACAGCGGAAUACACUUCGUUGCGACAGGGGGCAGCUAUAAGAGAUCAAACAGUCUGCUGCGCGGCCGUCCCAUAUCGUCACACAGCUCCAACGAUCACCACCACCAUCUCAACAACCAGAGCGUGGCCAGCUCGCUAAACCGAGUCGGUUCGGUCACGUCUAUAUUGAAAAAUCUGUUCAAACGCACCGGCGGUACCUCCACCCAGUUGGGUGGAGAUGGACUGUUAUCGAGGGUAUCGAGCAGCAAUAGAUUGCCAGGCAGUAGCUGGCAGAGCCAAGAGAGUUUACAGAGUAGCAGUAGUAAAUUAUUACAACAACAAUUUGGUAGUGUUCGAAUUGCCGAUCAGGUGAUUGAAGAAUUAGAUGAACAAAUGACAAUUACAGCAGGAGGGCGGCUAGAAAGACGCAGCGAGAAACCAAACGUGCGCACAGUCUUCCCACCACAACCGCCAUUGCCUAACGACUCUGCAUCAUCGAAUUUAUCAAACAUCACAUACACGGAAGUGUUAUCAACUAAUGACGAUUUUGGCUAUCAAGAUGGAAAACAGGAAGAUACAUUGAUGCGCAGUGAUAGUGACAGUAGUAACCACCACACACCUAGUACAUCUAGUUUAUUGUUUGUUGUCGAACCAGUGGUGAGCCAAUCAGUAACUAUAAACAAUGAAGCUCCUACAAGUAGGACUUCUUCAGUUAAUUAUGAUUACGAAACAUCUAGACGGACACCCGACCAUCAUGACUAG